AUGUAAAGCAUCAGGAAAAGAUCAGUUGGUUCUACAACAUCAACUACUUGUUCAACACCUCCGCCUCAUGACAUUUACUCAGUUUUAUUGUCAGAGGAGAGUAGAUACAAAAGAAAGGGGUAUGGGCUUAUCUUUGCUUCUUUAAUCUGGCUUUCAUUUAUGCUCAUAAGUCCAAUAGCAAUUCAGAACUUGUGGCCUCCAUUUAUGGAUCUCGUUAAAUCUUAAGGCUGGGAAAAAUGGCAAGUCUACUACUAUGUUUCUUUGGCAUGGCACUCUCUCAUGAUUAUUAUUACUAACCUAGCAAUGUGGGCUAUCUACGAAAUUUAACUCCCCUUUUUCGAGAGAUAUAAAAUUAGUACUGAUCCAUGGCCUUGGGUUGAGAACAAAGGAGAAUGGAUGAAGAUGCUGAAGAAAUCUAUUGCUCUUGUAUCAUUCAACAACUUUGUCAGUCUCCCAAUUACAAUAUACGCCUUCUUGUGGCUUAAGAAUUUCUAAGUAGACUUGCAAUUUGGAGUUGAAAAUCUUCCAGGUUCAAUGACUAUCAUGUUUACUUUGGCUUUUUGCAUGAUAUGCGAAGACCUCACUUUCCAUCUUAUCCACAGAUUUUUACACUGGAGAGUGAUUUAUCCUUAUUUCCAUAAGGUGCAUCACUAAUACAGAACUACAAUCGGUAUAGCUGCUGAGUACUCUCACCCUAUAGAUUUCAUUAUUGGCUCAGUGAUUCCCGGAUCAGUGGGAGCUAUGAUACUUGGUGAUAACAUGCAUUUCACCACCUAUCUAGUAUGGGUUAUGGUCAGACUUGGAGAAUCACUUGAUGGGCAUUCUGGAUACGAAUUCUCAUGGAGUCCUUACAGAUUAAUCCCAUUCUCAACUUCAGCCUCAUACCACAAUUUCCAUCAUUCACAUAACAUUGGGAAUUAUUCCUCAUUUUUCAGCCUUUGGGAUACCAUAUUUGGCUAGAACAAAGUCUUCUACUAGUUCAUGGAGAAAGUAAAAGAAGCGAAGGAAGCUCAUCAGAAAUAACAAGAAGAAUUCAAUAAGAAAUUGAAUGAAAAACUCUCUUUGGAAUAGAGAAAUGAAAAAUUACUCAAGCAAGAUUGA